CGUAGGGUAACUGUAUGGUCUCGACAGCGUCGUGUCUGAUCCCUCUUGGCCUUGGAGGAAUGCAGGUCUUGUUGGCGGUGGAGGAGUGUAGCGGGUGGUUACCUGGGAAGCGCGCGCGGGAAAGUGACUUGAUACAGAAAUAGGAACGUUGACCCGGGCCAGCUUGAGCAGCAUGAAGUUUGUCACGUGUGAAAUAGCAUGGCACAACAAAGAACCUGUAUACAGUGUUGACUUUCAGCAUGGACCAGAUGGAAGAACUGAUCGAUUGGCCUCCGCAGGGGUAGACAGUGCAGUUCGGAUAUGGAAGGUAGAUGAAGGCCAGGAUGGAAAAGCAGUGGUGGAUAUUUUAUCCAAUCUAAUCCGUCAUACGAAAGCUGUGAAUGUUGUACGAUUCUCCCCGAAUGGUGAGGUUCUCGCGUCAGGAGGAGAUGCACAAUGCUGCAAAGGUGGAAAGGCCACCUAUGAAGAAAUACUGCCCUUGCCAGCAGUUGCCAGAGCCCAUACCAAGAGUUAUCGAAUGUUUCAUGAUGAUGGCAUGAAGUCUUUCUUCCGACGACUCACGUUCACACCAGAUGGCUCUUUGCUGCUCAUUCCAGCUGGUUGCGUUGAAGCUGGAGAGAACGUUACGAACACAACCUAUGUAUUUUCCAGGAAAAAUCUGAAAAGGCCCAUAGCCCAUCUGCCUUGUCCUGCUAAAGCUACUCUGGCUGUUCGCUGCUGCCCGGUAUUUUUUGAGCUAAGGCAACCAAAGGUCGAAGAUGAGUCACAUAAGAAGAUGAACAUUUUUAAGUUGCCGUAUCGGCUGGUGUUUGCUGUAGCUUCAGAAGAUUCCGUUCUCUUGUAUGACACUCAACAGACAGUGCCCUUUGGUUAUAUCUCAAAUAUCCAUUAUCACACCCUGAGUGAUAUAACAUGGUCACGAGAUGGGAUGUUCCUCACUAUAUCGUCCACAGAUGGAUAUUGUUCUUUUGUCACGUUCGAGAAAGGUGAAUUGGGUGUACCUUUGAAAGAAAAGCCAGUGCUCUCCAUCCAGGCCCCUGGCAUCUCAGAGAAAAGACUGAAAAAGGGUCAAGCAAACCGGUUAUCUGCUGGCACCCCAAAACUGACGGAGAGCGGCGCUGCUGCUCGGACUGUGGAUCAGCAGGACCAUUCUGCCCUUGCUCAGCCAAACACACUCAGUGCAGCGACAGCCCCUGCGAAAGAGAUGCCCAGUACUCCCAACACAAACAAAGCCUCCCCAUCCUUGUCAGAUACUGCUGUACAGGGCAGCAAGGCUUCUCAGCCCCGGAGGAUCACCUUGAGUACGUUGGAGGCCUGGAGCAAACCCAGCAAAGCCCCUGUGCCCAGGCGAAUCUCACUGACUGCUCUGAACUCAAGUUCCUCCCAGGUGACAUCAACACCAGCCAUAACCCAAGCAGAAAAAAUAGCAUAUGAGAGACCUUCUUCCCACGAUCCUUCAUGCAAGUCGCCAGAUGCUAAACGUUCGAGGAUUGAUGAUAAACAGAGCAUCAGUCCCACAGAUAAUCUGAAAACAAAUAAUGAUUGCAGGAGGGACAAAUGAACAUUGCUCAGAACGUUUUAAAAACAUGUACUUUGUAUAAAAUUCUGCAGUGUGAUCAGUUUUGCUGCAAUGUGUAGAUGUAUAUGCAAGCUGGAAGUUGCAGUGUAAAGCACCUCUUAAUUUUGUUAUUCUUUUUGUUACAAGUUUUACAUAUAACAUCCUUUUGUCCUCCUGGUAUUGGUGACAUUAGGCUGUUUCUAAAUGUGAAUAGUCUUGUUUUAGUUAAUCAUUGUACAAAGUAGCAUCAAUUAUGUCUUAAAAUUAAAAGCGUUUUCUGUUA